AUGGAUCAACUUAACGUGCUUGUUCCUCCGCUUCGAUUUGGCUGUAUCCAGGAGAAUCUCUACCGAGGAGGAUAUCCUCGAAAAGUCAACUUUCCGUUCUUGGAGAGCCUAAACCUAAAGACGAUCAUCUCUUUGACUCCCGAGCCAAUUGACUCGACCACAGACGCAAAUCUCGAUGCUUUCGCUAAAGAACACUCAAUCCGAUUGGUUCACAUUGAAUGUGCCCAAUCAGGAAAGGGAAAGAAACGUGGAGUUCCAAUGGGAUACACUGCUGUUCUAACAGCACUAGACCUCGUAAUACAUAACAAACAUGCACCGGUAUACAUUCAUUGUUUGAACGGAGGUCAGGUGACGAGCUUGAUUGUGGCCUGUCUCCGUAAAGUCCAGUUUUGGUCGUCAAUUGCGAUCUUCAACGAGUUCAUCAAUUACACCACCAGCAUUACCAUCAACGAUAGAUCGUUCGUGGAUGGAUUUGAGGGGGAGAUCGAGGUUGACGAGGAUGACAGAGUGUGCUGGCUCUGGCAGGGCUUGGGCCGGGGCAUCGCGAGCAGCCAUCCGUCUAUUAAAUUCAAGGGCAAGAGCCUAAAUUCUCUGGAAGAACAAACAGUAGGCGUUGGCGUUUAA